AUGGGCUCAGCUUCGUCAGAUGAUCUCCGGGAGCACCUGCUGGACGUGGACGGCGUGGCCAACGGCGGGGAAGCGGCGCCCAAGAUACGGGUGCGCGGGCUGCGGCGCUGCGCCGACGCGACCGGCGAGGAGAUCCUCCGGGGCGUCCACCUCGACGUGCCGCGCGGGGUCGUCAUGGGCGUCAUCGGCCCCAGCGGCAGCGGCAAGUCCACGCUGCUCCGCGCGCUCAACCGCCUCUGGGAGCCCGCGCCCGGCGCCGUGCUCCUCGACGGCGCCGACAUCUGCGCCAUCGACGUCCUCACCCUGCGCCGCAAGGUCGGCAUGCUCUUCCAGCUCCCCGCCAUGUUCGACGGAACCGUGGCUGACAACGUACGAUACGGGCCGCAGUUGCGCGGCAAGAAGCUCACUGAAGCCGAAGUGAAGAACCUGCUGAGCCUGGCGGAUCUGGACCCUGCUCUGUGCUCCAAGCCGGCCUCCGAGCUGUCGGUCGGUCAGGCACAGCGCGUCGCCUUGGCCCGGACCCUCGCCAACGACCCCGAGGUGCUCCUGCUGGAUGAACCGACGAGUGCGCUGGACCCCAUCUCGACGCAGAACAUCGAGGAAGCCAUCGUGCGGCUGAAGAAGACGAGGGGGCUCACCACGGUGAUCGUCUCCCACAGCGUGAAGCAGAUCCAGCGCAUUGCUGACCUGGUGUGCCUCGUCGUCGCCGGCGAGAUCGUGGAGGUGCUCGCGCCGUCCGAGCUAUCCGACGCCAAGCACCCGAUGGCCAGGCGUUUCUUGGAGCUCAGCAGCUAA